GUCCGUACUCCGAUGUCGCCAUCGGUCGAGUCACUACUCGUUUUCAUUUCAAGCCGAAUUAUCAGCGUAUGCUUCGCAGACUCUCGAUGAUGGCAGUCAAUGUAGCUAGUAGCAAGGUGCACGCCGAGAGACUCUGGGAGUCUCUGAACUUACCACGAGAAGCACUUUCUCGACUACAUUUAUCCGAGAAUCCGGACCCAGCUGUUAACUCUUCGUUCAGGUUGGGUACAGUCGCGCAGACAGUCAUCGGUCUUGCAGGAUUAUCUGCUGCUCAUGUACAUGAGCUCCGAACUGGACAGAAGCAAAAUGUGUCAGUUGAUGCGAAGCAUGCCGUGGUGGAGUUCAAGAGCGAGGCGUAUUAUAGUGUCGAUGGCCAGCCUCCCGGUGAGGUAUGGAACGAGUUGGCAGGGACUUACAAGACCAAGGACAACAACUAUGUACGGAUACACACAAAUUUUCCACAGUAAUCUCUUUGUCGUUAUCCCUCGCAGAAAUAUUCUUCAAUGCAGAUCAACCAAGCAAAGCGUUGCGCACGCCCUUCUUCAGUGGAACUCCCGGGAGUUUGAAAUGGAAGUAGCGAGGCGGAAGAUGGUAGCUACAGCGAUGAGGACGUUUGAUGAAUGGGACGAACACCCACAGGGUAAGGCGUUGACAGGUACACCCCCUGUCGUCUUACUCAAGGUGGGAGACGCUCCGAAACGAGAACUAAAGGAAGGGAAUCAGCAUCCUCUUGAGGGAAUUCGAGUGCUCGAUUUGACGCGUGUACUUGCAGGUCCUAUUUGUGGACGCACGCUAGCAGCUCAUGGCGCUGACGUUCUGUGGAUUACAUCACCAAGGUUACCUGCUCUCCCAUCCAUAGAUGUGGAUACUUCACGUGGUAAACGGACAACGCAGCUUGAUCUCACCGUGGAGCAAGAUAGACAUACAUUGGCAUCUCUUGUCAAAGAUGCAGAUGUAUUUCUUCAAGCCUAUCGACCAGGUGGCUUACAGGAUAAAGCAUUUGGAGUACAAGAUGUUGUCCGUGCAAGACCUGGGAUCGUGUAUGCAAGUUUGACCGCAUAUGGUUGGGAGGGUCCAUGGAAGGACCUUCGUGGGUUUGACUCCUUGGUACAGACUACCACCGGGUUUAAUUGUGCCGAAGCAGAGGCAUUCGCAACAUACCAAGGUAAACACAUCCAAGGUCGUCAACCACCCAGGCCUCUUCCGAUGCAGGCUUUGGAUCACGCUGCAGCAUAUUUUCUUGCUUUUGGUAUUCACGCUGCUCUAGCCAGGACCAUCACAGAAGGCGGGUCUUGGGAGGUUCGCGUCUCCCUUGCUGCAGUGGGUCGCUGGGUCCGUUCCCUGGGUCAACUAGACCCUAGUGUAGCAUUUGGACAAGGAUGUCCGUUGCCUGGACAAGGCAUACCGCCGAGUGCUGAGAUUGCGAGUAUAUUGCGACAGUACAGACAAUCCGGAGAAGAGCUUGACGGGCAUAACUCACACAGAAAGAUGGUCUCGGCAAUCAGACAUGCCGCAAUACUGGAUAGGACGCCUGUGAAGGAGGACGGCGCACCAGUGGUCCUCAAUGCACACAGUCCUGAGUGGCUUCCUAGAUGAUAAUUCGUGUUGAAUAUUAGUAGUAGAGAAGGUGCAAACGACGUCGCGCUAUACCUAUUUUCUGCAGAAUUGAAUUUUGAGCUUGAGGUUGCGGUAGAAACGUACAAACUUUCA